CAAAAAAAUCGAUAAUGGAAGAGACCAAAGAUGACUUUUGACAGAGUUCUUGAUUUUCAAACUCAAGUUUUGAGUUGAUAGGAGAAUCCCAGUGUGCUCUCACCCAGACAGAAAACUAUUCAGUCAUUGAAACUGAUGAAACCCUUGAGCAGAGAAUUGAGUCUCUUGAGAAAGAGAACAAGAAAUAUUCACUUGAAAUAAAAUAUCUCCAGAAGCAGUUAAAGAAUAAAUCUAAGAAAAAGAAGAAGGGCAAGCAGAAAGGCAUCGACCAGCCUUAUGAUUACGACAAAGAGAUGCAUAUGAACGAUCCUCAGCUGUUGACUCUUAUGGAUGAGGUAGCAGAGAAAGAUAUCGCUAUUCUUCAACUAAACACCAAAAUUUCAGAAAUAGUUCAGAGCAACAAGAUCAUGAUAAAAGAGUAUGAAGAGAAGAUCAAGAAGCUACAGAAGGAAGGACUUGGAAAGAUCAUCGAACGCCUUGAGGCUAAGCUGCAAAUGAGCGAAGUUGCUAUGGCUAACGAGAGAUGCUGAUACUCCAUGGAGAUCUAUAAUCUCAGAAAAGCUAAUGAAGCUAUGUCCGAGAAACUCAAUGAGAUCAAGGAGAAGCAAGACAAGCACAUCAAAGAACAGGAUAGAAAGAAGAAAGAAGUGAACAAAAUUAAGAAGUCUAUUAUUAAAGAGAAAAAGGAGCUCAAAAAAACUGAACAGUUCAUCCGAAGAGAUGAUGAAGAGCGCAAGCAGGAAAUCAUUAAAAACACUCAUGAUGUUGUGGAAUCUAUGUAUAAGGAACUUCAGGACGAGCAGGAUGCUCUGGAUAAAGAGAAAGUGCAUGUCAAUUUCAUAAAAAAUUCUUAUAAAAUCACUCUUGAGAAAAAAUAUAAAGAAGAGAAGAGAUUUCUGGAAGAAAAAGUUAUGAAUGAUAGAACAAACCUCAGACUUAAGUUCCAGGAGGAAAAACAACGCCUUAAAGCAGAGUUUAAGCAAAGAGUUGACACCGUCAAGGAUGAACUUCUUCAAGAACUUCAGGAGCUAGCAAAUGAAGAACUGAAAGAUCAGAUAGAGAAAGUUACUGAGAAAGCUACUAUGAUAAAGGAGGAGAUAUUUGCUGGAGCCAAAGUGAAGACUCCUAAUACUGAGGCUUUCUUGAUCCCAAGAGUAAUUGAGUCUUCUUUAAAGCUUUGGGAGAAGAUGCAAGAAGAUAUUAAAAAUCUUAUCAAAUGUCCUAUCUCUUUGGUUCCAUUUGAAAGUCCUGUUGUUUAUAAAGAAGGAAUUACGAUGAAUGAGGAACAACUUUUAAAGAUCAUGAAGACUAAUUGCUAUCAAUGCCCCUUUACUAGGCAGGAUAUGACAAAGGAGUACUAUUUUCCAAAUAAAAUAGCUGAGGAUUUAGUAAAGCUGCAUGAAACGUAUUCAAAGGAAUUUGAUAAUUUAAAAGAUCUUAUUGAAUAG